AUGGAGGGCUUUCAGAUCUCGGAGUGGUUCAACACGCUGAUAAUACCUGAUCUCAUCGACAGUGAUGAUGAUGAUGAAGACGAGGCCAACUCGCGAGACCCAGAUUACUUCACGAAGCUCGAAGGAACCAUGACCGUCAUUCAGACGGAAGGCUGUGACGGUGGCCGAGCAAUAUGGACCAUACAGUAUGAGAAGUUACCUGAUCUCAUCGAUAGUACUAGUGAUGAUGAUGAUGACAUCAAGGAUUCACGAUUCAUCAUGGACACUACUACAAGAUACUUUCAAGCGAUUGAUGAGAGAAUCUUCUCAAAUCCUUAG